CUGGUCCUUCAGAUCCCGUGGCCGGAGCCCACGGGGAGGUCAGACACCUCCUUGGCUGGACGUCUGCACCAUGGACAGGGAUCUGAGUGAAGACGACAGCGUGGUGGACCUCAGUUUCGAGGCCGAGAGUCCCCUGGCGCCCCCAGCUGAGCUCCUGGAGAGACUGCCCAGCUAUGAUUGGCUUCUUCAAGGAGGUGGACGGCAGAUAUUCUUUUCACCUUUGGAGGCUCCCCGGAGGCCCCUGGAACAAAGGUGCUGGUCGUCAUUCGUGGAACACAGCAGAGUCCCCAUGGUGACAGAGGAAGUGGCUCGGGAAGCCCUCCUCAGCUUUGUGAGCUCCAAAUGCUGCUAUGGCAGCACGGCCGCCGGUGACCUCGUCAUCCAGGAGCUCAAACAGCAGACCCUCUGCAGGUAUCGACUAGAGACUUUUACUGAAUCCAGAAUAAGCGAAUGGACAUUUCAACCCUUUACUAACCAGUCAGUGGAUGGGCCACAGAGAGGGACCUCCCCCAGGCUUUGGGACAUCAAGGUCCAGGUCCCCCCGAUGUUUCAGGAAGACACAAGGAAGUUCCAGGUCCCUCACUCGUCAUUGGUCAAGGAAUGCCACAAAUGCCAUGGGCGUGGGCGUUACAAGUGCAGCGGCUGCCAUGGUGCUGGCAUGGUGAGGUGCCCCUCCUGCAGCGGAGCCAAGCGCAAAGCCAAGCAGUCCCGCCGGUGUCAGAUGUGCUCGGGGUCUGGCAGGCGGAGGUACGAGCGGGUCUCCCCAGCACCGAGGUGCAGCACGUGCUCAGGGAGGGGCAACAAGACCUGUGCCACCUGCAAGGGGGAGAAGAAACUGCUGCACUUCAUCCAGCUGGUCAUCGUGUGGAAAAACAGCCUGUUUGAGUUUGUGUCUGAGCACCGACUGAAUUGCCCUGGGGAGCUCCUUGCUAAAGCCAAAGGAGAAAGCCUCUUUAAGGAUGAAAACACCAUGGUGUACCCCAUUGUGGAUUUCCCGCUGCGGGAGAUCUCUCUGGCUUCUCAGAGGGGCAUUGCCGAGCACAGCGCCGCCCUGGCCUCCCGGGCCCGAGUCCUGCAGCAGCGCCAGACCAUCGAGCUGAUCCCCCUCACAGAAGUGCAUUACUGGUACCGAGGACAGACUUACGUCUACUACAUCUAUGGCACGGACCACAGAGUGUACGUGGUCGACUACCCUGAGCGGUACUGCUGUGGCUGCACCAUCCUCUGACGUGGCACAGCCAUCUCCAGAGCCCGCCGCUCUUGUCCACCAAGGAGGACACACGAGGUCCCUGAGUUUACUCGUCGUUGGCUACAUCGGACAAUCCUAUACAAACCCCGGUGUGUCCUUCUAGACAAUUCAGCUUAUCAUCUGUCAAGCCACAGGUCUUCCCAGAGCUCCUCUGGUGGGACCCAUCCUGUGUUCAACCAAGGAUUCAGCUACACACUUUUCUUUAGAACAAAUAAUUUAAGUGGCCGGGGCCAUGCCUCUGGCCUCCAGGCUCACGCCCCGCCCCGAUGGAGCGUGGGGUUAGAUUGUGCCUCUCCCUUGGCUGGUCCCCGUUCUGCUGUGCCACUGCUCGUGUGCGCCCUCUGCCAAGCUGAGUGUUACGCAGAUGUUUAAAGAUAUCCUCCAAAUCAGCUGCCUCUUAAUGUGUACCACACAGUGCUCUUAGGCAUUGAGAGCAAAAUUUGCUCCCGGAUCUGUGGGUUAGGAAUUCAGAUGCAGACACAGUGGGGACGGUUUGUCUCUGCUCUGUGAUGGGUCUCACCUGGGAGAUGUGAAGGCUGGGGUGGCUCAAGGGUAGGGGGCUGGUUCAUCAGAAGGCUGGUUCACCAAGAGGUCUGGCUGUGGAUGGUGGCUGUCGGCUGGGACACCUACAGGCCACCUCUCCAUGCAGCCUGGGCUGCCUCACCAUGUGGCUGCUGUCAGGGUAAGUGGCCACCAGGCACAGCCCAGCUGAAGAACUGGAGAUCUGUUUGCAGGCUGGAGAGCAAAGCUGCUGUGCUGGAUGGCCUGCAGGGCUCUGUGCCGGGCUCUAACACGGAGCAUGUGCAGGGGGAGGUCUCGGAGAGCGAUUCUGGACAUUUGUACGUUCUUACAUCCUGUGCCGACCCUAGAACCUGCUCAUUAGUAGGAUCUGAACUGGUGUCCCCGUGCAUCCAGUCAUGUGAGGAGCUCCCACUUCGUGUAGCAAGGCUGAGUGGGGACAGGGGAUGCUCUGCAGACUGAAUGCCCAGUCUGCUUUGGGGGCCAGCUGGGCCACCAUGCACCUGGUUGGGGAUAACCAGAGGCCCCUGUCAUCUUAUUCCACCUGCACCCCACCCAGAAGGGGAUUGCUACAUGCAGAGAGGGCCAGGCUGUGCCCCUUUGAUCCCCAAGCUCUUGCUGGCCUGCAGCCCUUGUCCCCCUUGGUGCGGGAGGUUGUGGCCAUAACAAGCCUGGUUGAGAAAAGCUUGGGAAGUCUGAGGCCAUCCCCCAGGGCACUGUUGACAAGUGAGGUGCAAAUGAGCACUUACAUCCUCACCUGCUACACCCCCACCCUGGAAUUCCCCACAUCCCAUUCAGUUACUGCUGGCUGAACUCCUGGGGGGUCUUGCUCACAGGAGCAGCAGCAUUUGGAGGGGUACCCAGCUCCCCUGGGACCGCAUGGGAGACACGGGGAAAUGGAGAAGCACAGGGCCGUGAACCAAGAGGCUCUGAGUCACCUGACCCUGGCCAACUUGCCUCCCAUGCUGGCUGACCCUGGCCAAUGCCCCACGCUCUGCAUGUGGGGGAGGCUGAUGGCAGGAGGAGGUUAGGCUUUGUGUGGCUGGGCCCUCUGGCCCCUGGGGACGGAGCCUGGUGGCGGUGGGGGAAACGGAGAGAGAGUACUACGAGACUCCCUUCCUCCUCUUCCUCCUCUUCCUCCUGAAGUUCUGCUCUGCUCAAGUCUGGCAGGCCAGCACUUCCGACCCUGGUGUCCCUGCAGCCCACUUCUGUGGGCCUCAAACGGGAUGCUUCUGCCCCCGGGGGCAUUGUACAGAUGCGGGCACGGUUUGGGGUGGUUGCAGUGACUGGAAAUGACACAAAUGGCCUUUGGUGGAUGGAGAACAGGAAAGCUGGCCGGCUAGCGCUCUGUGCAGGGAAGCCUGUUUCAACAUUGCCCACGACUUGCAGAUCUGCCCCCCACACUCCCCAAGAACUUCAUUACCCAGGACCUCGCCGGGGACUGCUGACUUCAGUCUCACUCUCACUUAUGUUCAGCUCUGCUCUUCAGUUUCCCUGUGUGGUUAGGAAUGGCUCUGGUCCUCUCACUUCCUGAGGGCCAAACUAGGGGCUCCCUGACACUUCCUUACAGCCCCUCAUGCCGUCCUGCCUGAGCCGUCGCAACUUGAAAUAUGUGCAGUCAAAUGUUACUUUCUUCUCAUUUCUCUGUUCUCUUUCAGUUUGAGCAUUAAAUUGCUUUUGUGUUGGUUUGUUGUUUUUAAAUACGUGGUAUGUAAGUGGACUAUAUGCGAGUGUCAUUUUGGGAUAAAAAAGGAACCUCAA